CUGAGUCGUUUUUUCAAGUAUUUUCAGUGUGCAGAAGCUCCGUACCCUAAACCCAAACCCUAGAACCUUCUUCCGUCACAGUUCGCCGGAACUAGCGAUGGAUCCUCAGCCUGAGCCAGUCAGCUACAUCUGCGGAGAUUGUGGUAUGGAGAAUACGCUGAAGCCUGGUGACGUUAUACAGUGCCGUGAGUGCGGUUACCGAAUCCUUUACAAGAAGCGCACUCGUCGCAUUGUCCAGUACGAGGCACGCUGAAGAAACUCUCAACAUUGACAAGUAAUUUCCAUGAAGAAAUUGUUGCAGUAUCUGUGCUUGGUAUUAGGUCUAUGAUAUUUAAGUUUUUAUACAAUGAUGAUGCGAGUAAUUCUACUGUACGAUUGCAUUUGGGUGAUGUUUAGAAAAGGAUAAAACUUUGAAAUGUGAAUAUCUAUUACGAAUAUGUGUUCAUUAGUGUGUAACUUUACAUCACUAUUGUGGUUAAGAAUUUUAAGUUUUAACUAUUAAAGAAAAAGUAUCGGUUCUCAAAAUGGA